CACAACACACAAAACACGGAUUCGUUACCCUUUGUACCUCCUACCAGCUCUACUCCAUCGAGAUCUCGAAGAAGAUGGAACAGAGCUCCAAUGGCUUCUUCUCUACUAUCUUCAUUCUAAUCGUCUUCUUCAUCUCAUCUUCUGAAUCAUUCUAUCUCCCCGGCGUUGCUCCUCGCGAUUUCCAAAGGGGUGAUCCUCUUCAAGUGAAAGUCAACAAGCUUUCUUCUACGAAAACGCAACUUCCUUAUGAGUACUAUUACUUGAACUAUUGUAAGCCUACACACGUUAAAAACAGUGCCGAAAAUUUGGGGGAGGUGUUAAGAGGUGACCGCAUUGAGAAUUCGGUCUACACGUUUCUUAUGAGGGAAGAACAACCAUGCAAAGUAGGUUGUCGAGUAAAGCUUGAUGCUGAAACCGCAAAGAAAUUCAAAGAAAAAAUUGAUGAUGAGUACCGAGUAAACAUGAUUUUAGACAACCUCCCGGUUGCUGUUCUUAGACAGAGACGGGAUGGUAGUCAGUCAAACACUUACGAACACGGUUUUCGUGUUGGUUUUAAGGGAAACUAUGCCGGGAGCAAAGAGGAAAAGUAUUUCAUCAAUAAUCAUUUGAGCUUUAGAGUCAUGUAUCACAAGGAUCUUGAGACUGAUUCUGCUCGAAUUGUUGGAUUCGAAGUUACUCCAAACAGCAUCAGCCACGAGUAUAAAGAGUGGGACGACAAGAACCCUCAAUUGGUAACAUGCAACCAAAAUACCAAAAAUAUAAUUCAAGGAAGCACCGUACCUCAAGAAGUCGAUACAGAUAAGGAGGUCGUAUUUACAUACGAUGUUACUUUCAAGGAGAGCGAUAUCAAAUGGGCGUCACGUUGGGACACCUAUCUUCUUAUGAACGAUGAUCAAAUCCACUGGUUUUCGAUCAUUAACUCCCUGAUGAUCGUUCUCUUCCUUUCCGGGAUGGUAGCCAUGAUCAUGAUGAGAACACUUUACCGAGAUAUUGCAAACUAUAAUCAACUGGACACACAAGAAGAAGCUCAAGAAGAAACCGGAUGGAAACUCGUCCAUGGAGACGUUUUCCGGGCUCCGGAAUAUUCCGGAUUACUCUGCGUUUACGUCGGAACCGGCGUACAGAUCUUCGGAAUGACACUUGUGACCAUGAUCUUUGCUUCACUCGGGUUCUUGUCACCCUCCAACCGUGGUGGCCUGAUGACCGCCAUGGUUCUUUUAUGGGUCUUCAUGGGUUUAUUUGCCGGUUAUUCCUCCGCUCGCUUAUACAAAAUGUUCAAAGGCACGGAAUGGAAGAAGAACACUUUGAAAACGUCGUUCAUGUUUCCCGGUAUCUUGUUCGCGAUUUUCUUCGUUCUAAAUGCGUUAAUUUGGGGAGAGAAAUCAUCCGGAGCGGUACCGUUUGGCACCAUGAUCGCGCUUGUUUGCUUAUGGUUCGGGAUCUCGGUCCCGUUGGUCUUUGUGGGAAGUUACUUGGGUUUCAAGAAACCUGCCCUCGAAGAUCCGGUUAAAACAAACAAAAUCCCGAGACAAGUACCCGAACAAGCUUGGUACAUGAAGCCCAUAUUCUCGAUUCUCAUCGGAGGAAUUCUUCCAUUCGGGGCGGUUUUCAUCGAGCUAUUCUUCAUCUUGACGUCCAUUUGGUUGAACCAGUUUUACUACAUAUUCGGGUUCCUAUUCAUCGUUUUCGUGAUCUUGAUCAUCACGUGUGCCGAGAUAACCGUCGUCCUCUGCUACUUCCAGUUAUGCAGCGAAGACUAUCAUUGGUGGUGGCGGGCUUACCUCACCGCUGGUUCAUCGGCUUUGUACCUCUUUCUCUACUCGAUCUUCUACUACUUCACGAAAUUGGAAAUCACGAAACUGGUUUCAGGAAUUCUGUAUGUCGGGUACAUGUUGAUCGCUUCGUAUUCCUUCUUUGUGUUAACGGGCACGAUUGGCUUCUACGCUUGCUUAUGGUUUGUCCAUAAGAUCUAUUCAUCUGUGAAGAUAGAUUGAUGUAAACAAGAGAAAACAAAUCUCACACGGAGCAAAUUGGAAAUAGAAAUGAAUGCGAGAAAUAGUUGAGUCAAGUCGAGUCCAGUCUAGUUGGUUACACGAUGAAAAAGAAAUGUGUUACAAAAUUUUCGAAAGGAGUUGUUGUGGGUAGCGAUUUUUUUUCGGUUAAUUUUGAAUUUUUGUAUCUUAUAUUGGAUUUGAUAGAAUUAUGUGUUGUGUUGUGUUGGUUAAUCAAUUUGAAUCCUAUUUAGAGGCAAGUGUAAGAAAGUAUUGUUAUUUUGUUAUAGAUUUGCAAGCUUAAUGAGCAACUAAACCAUUUGUGAUUGUGGUCAA